GGCGUUGUAUGUGUGUGUGGGUGGGUGCACUGUCAGUUGUGUUAGCUUUGUGUUUACAGCGUGCCUACAUUUUCCCCUUACUGCGGCCCAACAGAAACGCCUGUUUUCCGGCUUGGGUUGAAUCCCCUCGACUCUUCUGGGGCAGGUUCCUGCUUGGAUGCCUGCUCCGCUUCUCUCUUUUCCCUCGCCGUGUUGCCAAUUGCGGCACCUUCACCUCCCUCAAACAUUCCAUCUACUUUCGUUAUGGUCGGAAUGACCCGAUUCGGUCGGGGCAAGAAGACACCCAAGCUUCCAGAAACGAAUCAUGCUGACCCGGAAAUGCUUUCGCUGCCUCCUACGUCAGAUCCCCCUCAAGCGCCUCGUGUCAGUCUUCCCCAUGUGGAAACACAAUUGAACAUGCAUCAGUACAAUGGACUCUUCAACGAAAUCUCCACCCCCGAGCGACCGAACGGAGCCCCCCCUCCCCCAUCUUCACCAGACCCCGCGUUAUCCACCUCACCCAGUAGCACCAACGGCUUCGCGAAUUUCCCAAACCAGGAUACCUCGGCCACGGAAUGGUCGUCGGCGGUCGGACAUGCAGCCACGGGCAAGUCCGGGCGUGUUAUCCACAACCUUCAGGAGGAAGUCGCGCGCUUGACUCGGGAGUGUAGCCUCUAUCGCUCUCGCGCCGAAGAAACACAGCGGAUGAACGAUGCCUACAAGGUGCAGGCGGAGAACAUGACCGAACGUCUUCGAAACCUCGAGCAAGCGAACGAGACGAACCGGCAUUCGAUUGCGCGCAAGGACAAGAAAAUCGAAGAGUUGCGGGCGGAGGUGCAGGCUGAGAAGGAUCGUCGGGUUCGGGCGGAGGGCGAGGCAAAGAAGGUCAAUCAGAUGAUGGGGGUCGCGCAGGACGAUUUCCACCGCAAAUGCGCCGAGUUGCAGGAGAUCACCAACCAUUCGCGGACCCAGUACGACAUCUUGGCCAAGUCGGCACACCGGGAACGAGCCGAACAGCAGAGGAAGCUCAAGUCAAUCAAAGACGAUAUCUCGACUAUGAAGAAGCAGUUUGACGACAAGAACAGCAAGCUGGGGCGCUUAGAUGCGAUCUUGGCGGAGAAGGACCAGGAGCUUGAGCUCGCCCGCGAGAGAUUCGAUGCGCUGUACGCCAACUUCAAGACAUAUAAGCGGGCGCAUGAUGAGGAAGUCAGAGCGCUCAUCGAGAGUGGCCGGCAAAGCGAUACCAACAUUGACGCCGCUCUGGCCUCGUUGAAGGAAACCGAGGGGAAAAUGAGGUGGGUCAUGCAGCUCAAGGAGCAAGUCAAGGACACCCGAUGAAGGGGUCCAAACACGGUUCUAUGACGGUCUAGGCAAUAUUCUCUGCCGGGGCCUCCAUGAUUGACAGGCUCGGGUUUAACGGCAGGCACG